UUGUGGCCCUCGUCUUCUCCCCUCGCCCCCGCGUUGCCCUCACAAAAAUCCAUUCUUUCUGCUCCGGAAAUUUAGUCCCCUCCUAUUUAUUACCCAUCCAUCUCUCCCUCCAGGGCUCGCCUUCUUCCCCUGAAAAUUUUCCCCUGUUUCUCUUUGAUUCUCGCCUCGAUUUAUCUUCUUUCCCGGGUUCCUGAUACUUGCACGGAUCCGAAAGCGCGUGUUUUCCGUAGAAUUCUCGGUGACUGGUUGUAAAUUGGAUCGAUUUCGAUCCGUUCCGUCGUCGCUGCUCCAAUCUUGAUCCGAAAUUCGUGUUCGUCGAUAGUUUUUCUCGUCACCCUGGAGCAUUACAGCGCGGGAGCAAUAUGCUCUACUUGAAGCAGCCGACCACGAGGAGCUGAACCCCACGCCGAGUAGUCUCUGUUUGAAAUUCUUAAAUUUCCUGGUUCGGAUUCUGGCCAUCUUGCCGUGCCUGUCUGCUGAUCUGAUCCCAUGGAGGUCAUGAGGGGCGGCAAAUUCCUUCAGAAGUUCCGGCUCUACGAAACCAGAUCGAAAUUUUAUCUUAUCGGAAGAGACAAGAGCAGGACUGUUUGGAGGGUGCUAAAGAUUGACCGGUUGGAGACUACUGAUUUGGGUAUUGAGGAAGAUCCUACUAGUUACACGGAGAAUGAAUGCCAAGAGCUACUUUGGCGGAUUCACGAGGGAAAUAGGUUGACUGGUGGGCUCAAAUUUGUCACAAAGUGCUAUGGAAUAGUUGGUUUUAUGAAGUUUCUUGGUCCUUAUUAUAUGGUUGUAAUUACCAGGAGAAGGAAAGUUGGCACCAUCUGUGGCCAUGAUAUUUAUUCAAUUGGCAAGAGUGAAAUGAUUGCAAUUCCAUGUCCUAUAGUCUGGCCCAACGUGGCUAAUUCUAGGGAUGAAAACAGAUAUAAACGACUCCUCAACUCGGUCGAUCUCACCAAGGACUUCUUCUUCAGCUACUCCUACAACAUCAUGCGCAGUCUUCAGAAGAACAUAACUGCCAAGAAUACUGGGCAGGUUGUUUAUGAAACGAUGUUUGUAUGGAAUGAAUUUCUGACACGAGCAAUGCGGAACCAUCUGAAGAAUACUGAUUGGACCGUGGCCUUAAUUCAUGGAUUUUUUAAGCAGUCAAAGCUCUCAGUAUCUGGGAAGGAUUUCUGGUUGACUCUUAUAGCCAGACGCUCUCGUCAUUUUGCUGGAACCAGAUUCUUGAAACGAGGUGUCAAUGAAAAGGGUAGGGUUGCCAAUGAUGUUGAAACCGAACAGAUUGUUUUUGAAGACACACCUGAUGACAUCCCAUGUCAAAUAACUUCUUCUGUACAACAUAGAGGAUCAAUACCCCUCGUCUGGUUUCAAGAAACUUCAAGACUUAAUAUUAGGCCAGAAAUCACAUUAAAACCAGAUGUUGACUACAAGGCCACCCGUCUUCAUUUUGAAAACCUUGUUCUUAGAUACGGGAAUCCUAUAGUCAUCUUAAACUUAAUCAAGACUCGUGAGAAGAAACCUCGUGAAUCUUUGCUCCGUGCAGAGUUUGCAAAGGCUAUCCAUUACAUAAAUAAAGGGUUACCGGAUGACAAACGUCUUAAAUUUUUACACAUGGAUCUGAGUAAACUUUCUCGAAGGAAAGGUACUAAUGUGCUUGGACUGUUAGACAAGGUAGCAUCAGAUGUGUUGGAACUAACAGAUCUCCUCCACUGUGAGAUAACUACAUCAUCAAAACCUUCAGAUGCCUCAAGUGAGCAAGGAUGUGUUACCAAGGCAUGUGAUGACAAAAACAAUGAUGAUUUCUGCGCACCUACAAUGGUACCUCUUUCACUACAGAAGGGCGUCCUCAGGACUAACUGCAUUGACUGCCUAGACCGCACAAAUGUCGCACAGUUUGCAUACGGAUUAGCUGCUUUAGGGCGUCAACUUCACGUGUUGAAGCUCACUGAAGCUCCUAAAAUCGAAUUGCAUGCUCCUUUGGCUGAUGAUCUGAUGGAUUUCUAUGAAAGGAUGGGUGAUAUAUUAGCUAUCCAAUACGGUGGUUCUGCCGCUCACAACAAGAUCUUCUGUGAACAAAGAGGGCAGUGGAAGGCAGCAACCCAAUCCCAGGAGUUCCUUCGGACCCUUCAACGUUACUACAAUAAUGCCUACACAGAUCCUGAGAAGCAGGAUGCUAUAAAUGUGUUCUUGGGUCAUUUCCAACCUCAACAAGGCAAGCCUGCGCUGUGGAAAUUGGACUCAGAUCAGCAUUACAGUAUUGGUAGGCAAGGAACUGUAAAUGAAGAAACUGUGAGACCACUGAUGAAGAGGUCGUUCUCGGAUGGAAACAUUCUAUGUGAAAACAGUGCAUCUGUAUCUGGCUGUAACACCGUAGAAAACAACACUGCGAAUUCAGAAUUACUCCCGAUGCAACAGCUGGAUGAUAUUAGAGAGCCUACCGAUUCUGCACCAGAGAUCUACAUGUGUGAAACAAACCCAUGCUCCAGUACGAUAUAUAGCUCAAUGCCUGGAAGACUCUCCAUAUCGGAAGAACGGCAGAGUUACCUGAAAAGAUUAGGCUACCCGGAGUUGCAUUCUUCAAAUUUUCUUGAUCUUGAUUUGUUAUCUUCUUCUGGAAAUUCUUGUGAUGAAGAAGGUUUUGAGAGGUCACCGCUCAUCUAUUCACCUACGGAUCUUAUCAGCGUUGAAUCUACUACAACAUACAGUGAGCAAGGACACAAUGAUGAGGGAAGGGAUGACACAGACCUGUCACGCUCAAGCAGCCAGCUCUUCGACUCGCGUGACUAUUCUGACCGCUUUGCUCAGUGGGUGGCUAAUGGAGGCAUGUUGUGCUACUAAUGCCAAAGAUUUUGUCCUGGUGACAUCCCCAGAUAAAUUGCUCGCAGCAGGGAAGUUUGACAGCUAGAACAAACGGGAAAAAAAUCAAGAACAAGCUGCGACCACCGAUGCUGCAGCGACGGAAGAAGGAUCGGCAUGAUCAGGCGGCAGAUCAAGGCUUGGCUUUAACAACAUGGUAACUCAGUUGAGGAAUGGAGGUCUUGCUGGCUUGGUUGGUUGGUUGGUUUGGUUUGGUUGGGUACAGGGUUCUAUUGCUAUGGUGGAGAAUUGACCCUAGUGCAGGCAACGAUAGGCAAAAAAAAGCUGAUUCUUUUGCGGUGCUUAGGUAGACAGUUUAUAUUUUGUUCAGUUUUAGAAAACAAAAACAAACAAAAAAAAUACAUAUGAGAAAAUGGAAAAAAAAACCUGUAAAUAUGGUACAGACAUAUAUGCUACCUUACCUUUGUUUUGGA